AUGACGCUGAACGUACUGAAGUGCAGUGUUACCGCUCGCGGUAUGCGUCAAUUGAACAAAUUGUCAAUUUAUUCAACGCUGAAAUUAUAUUUGUCCACUUCAGCUGUUACGAUGAAGGAGUGCAGUGGAAGUAAAGAUUACAGAAUAGAGAAGGACUCGUUUGGUGAGCUGAAAGUUCCAAGCGAUAAGUAUUAUGGUGCCCAGACUCUCCGGUCGAUGAUGAAUUUCUCAAUUGGCGAUGCGUUCGAGCGUAUGCCGUACGGUGUGAUAGUCGCUAUGGGUAUAUUGAAAAAAGCCGCUGCCGAGGUGAACAAAGAAUACGGCAUGGAUGCCAAGAUCGCCGAUGCCAUCAGCAAGGCUUCCGAUGACGUAAUAAGUGGCAAGUUAUAUAACGAUCACUUUCCACUGGUUAUUUGGCAAACUGGAUCCGGCACGCAAACCAACAUGAACGUCAACGAGGUUAUAUCGAAUCGUGCGAUCGAGAUACUCGGUGGCGAACUCGGCUCGAAGAAACCCGUUCAUCCGAACGAUCACGUCAAUAUGCAGCAGAGCAGCAACGAUACCUUCCCGGCGGCCAUGCACAUAGCCGUCGCUCUGGAAAUCAACCAAGUGUUGAUCCCAGGCUUGGAACAUCUGCACGAAGCGUUGAAGGCGAAAUCGGAGGAGUGGAAGGAUAUCAUAAAGAUCGGCAGGACGCACGUUCAGGACGCAGUCCCGCUGACACUGGGCCAAGAAUUCUCAGGAUAUGUUGCACAGCUCGAGAAGGGCAUCAAGAGAGUGAAGGACACGCUGCCGAGAUUGUAUGAAUUAGCUCUCGGCGCUACGGCGGUCGGGACCGGGUUGAACUCGCGAAAGGGCUUUGGGGAGAAGACAAUCGCGAAGAUCGCCGAGUUCACUUGUCUGCCGUUCGUCAGCACCUCGAAUAAAUUCGAAGCUCUAGCUACGCAUGACGCGUUGGUCGAAGUACACGGUUCCUUCAAUACGGUGGCUACUUCCCUCUUUAAGAUCACGAACGACAUCAGGUUCCUCGGAAGUGGGCCGAGAUGCGGCCUGGGUGAGCUGUCUCUACCGGAAAAUGAGCCCGGAAGUUCCAUAAUGCCCGGGAAAGUGAAUCCGACGCAGUGCGAAGCGCUCAGUAUGGUGUGCGUCCAAGUGAUGGGCAAUCACGUUGCGGUGACAAUCGGCGGCAGCAACGGCCACUUCGAGUUGAAUGUCUUCAAGACGAUCAUAGUCGCCAAUGUUUUGAGAUCGGCGAGGCUGUUGGGCGAUGCCUGCUGCUCGUUCACCAAGAACUGCGUCGUGGGCAUCCAGCCGAAUUUCGAUAAUAUCAAGAAGAUCAUGAACGAAAGCUUGAUGCUCGUCACAGCGUUGAAUCCACAUAUCGGCUACGACAAGUCCGCUGAAAUCGCCAAGUAUGCGCACAAAGAGAAGCUCACGUUGAAACAGUCCGCGCUGAAACAUGGAAUUACGGAGGAGCAAUUCAAUCAGUGGGUCAAACCUGAAGAAAUGCUCGGCCCGAAGUAACUUGAAGAGAAUGUUGAAGAGAAGACAGUGUUGCGAGUCUUAACGCUUCGCUAGUCUAACGCGCUUGGUUUGUAUUCUUGUCAUCAUUCUCCACUUUUGAGCGUUAUUUUUUUAAUUGAAUUUCUUGUUGACUUCAUGCUUGCAUUUUUUCAAUAAUUACGUUCAGGACAUUCGGCAAGAAUUAUUUUAUUCAGUUGCGUGUAGCAGAUGAUUGUAUGUCACUUAAUUCUCUCUUCCAGGGCUCUAAUUUGUAAAUACAAUGUGAGUCAAGAAAGGUUGAAAUAUAUUUGUUUUCCAUGUUGAUAAUAUAA